AAAGACCCUUCUUGGUAAUGUUUUUGGAUAUUCUUCAGAUUGAAGGCAAUAGCAAGUGGCCCAAUAUAAUUGAUGGACAAUGAUUGUGCAGAUGGAUAAAAUGUCUGCUCCUCCUUCUCGGGAUCGUGCUCAAUGUCUGUAUGAGAAGAACAUUGAGUUGGAGAACAAACGAAGGAGGUCAGCUCAGGCACGGGUUCCAUAUGAUCCCAAUGCAUGGCAACAAAUGCGCGAGAACUAUGAAGCUAUAAUUCUCGAGGAUCAUGGUUUUUCCGAGCAGCACAACAUAGAAUAUGUGUUGUGGCAAUUGCACUAUAGGCGUAUUGAGGAACUGAGAGCUCACUAUAAUGCUGCCCUUAAUGUUGCUGGCUCAAACUCAUCUAAGGUUCCUGCCCGCCCUGAUCGUGUCUCAAUUACAAUUUAAAACAUUUCUUUCUCAAGCAACUGGGUUUUAUCAUGACCUGAUUUUGAAAAUCAGAGCCAAGUAUGGGCUUCCCCUGGGUUUCUUCUCAGAUGGCAGGGAUGGCAGAGUUGUUAUGGAGAAAGAUGAGAAGAAAUCUCCUGAUAUCAAGAAAGGAUUGAUUUCUUGCCACCGGUGUUUGAUAUACCUGGGUGAUCUUGGGAGGUACAAAGGACUAUAUGGAGAUGGUGAUGCUAAAACACGCGAGUAUGCUGCUGCUUGGAGUUACUACUUGCAGGCUGCAUCUCUUUGGCCAUCAAGUGGCAAUCCACAUCACCAGCUUGCUAUUGUGGCAUCAUAUUCUGGUGAUAAGGUGGGGGCAGUGUACCGUUACUUUAGGAGCCUGACAGUUGAUAAUCCUUUUAUGACAGCACGAGAUAGUCUGAUUGUUGCUUUUGAGAAGGUAUCUUCUUUUUCCUCUACUAUGACAGCAUGUUUCUAAGCUGUGCUGAAGUCUUGGAUACACAUGGCUUUAGAGAGUGUGCAGAUGUAAAGGGGAGCCAAAAGGUGGAUCUAAAAUUCCAUGUGUUGAAGCUGAUGGUUCCAGGGAGAAGGAAACUGAUGUUAAUGAGAUUCGUAAAUUAUUUUGCAUUCGAUUUAUCCGUCUAAAUGGCAUUCUUUUCACCCGCACGAGCUUGGAGACAUUUACAGAACUUCUCGCAUCAGUCAGUAGCACUUUCCUUGAGCUUCUAUCCUCUGUUCCGGAAGGGAAGUCAAAUUUUGGAGCAGACACUGUUGAUAAUGGACUUUUUAUUGUUAGAUUAGUCUCUAUCCUUGUAUUCACUGUUCAUAAUGUUAAGAAAGAGGCUGAAGGUCAGAGUUAUGCAGAGAUUGUGCAGUGUGUUGUUCUUCUUCAGAAUGCAUUUACUGCUGCUUUCGAGUUAAUGGGACAUGUAUUGGAGAGGUGCGAGCAACUUAAUGAUCCUUCUUCAAGUUACUUGUUACCUGGAAUUAUGGUAUUUGCGGAGUGGUUGGCAUGUUGCUCUGAUAUUGAUGGAAGUGGUGAUGCAGAUGAGAAAAUGGUUGCCAUAAGGUCCAAAUUUUGGAGGUGCUGUAUAGCUUUCAUGAACAAGAUCUUGUUCUUUUUGCCAAUAUCCCUUGAUGAUAAUGAAGACGAUACGUGCUUCAAUAACAUGAUCCGGUAUGAAGAUGGGGAAUCUUGGAACAUGCUUGCUUUAUGGGAAGACUUAGAGUUGAGAGGGUUUUUGCCAUUUGUCCCUGCACAAUCCAUUUUGGACUUCUCCAGGAAAUACCAAUUUGCAACUGACGGUUCUCAGGAAAGGAUGGCUCGCAUUAAGAGGGUUCUUGCUGCAGGGAAGGCAUUAGCAAACCUGGUGAAGGUUGACCAGAAACCAGCCUCCUUUGAUUCUAAGAUGAAGAAAUUCGUUAUAGGUGUUGUGCCUCUUGUUUCUGGUGAUGAUGCCUUGUUCAACGCUGAUUCUGGAAUGUCAAAAGCAACUAACUUGAUACAGGAAUAUAGUCCUGAGGAAGCUAUCAGUUUUGGAGCCUUGAAUACAAACCCCCAGCGAUGUGUGGAAGGAGAAGAGGACGACGAAGUAAUUGUUUUCAAGCCCUUGGUGACUGAAAAGCAAAAUGGUGGUUUAAACCCAAAGCCUACUCCUCACGAGAACUCAAGACCCAUUAGAAACCUUUCUGCUGCUGAUCCACAAUUUUGUGGUGGCUCUGUCUCUGCCGCGAUCGAUAAUGAGCUCAUUCCUGCUGCUUUCAACGGACAUCCUCAAAUAUCAACAUCUGCAGGUGUAGUUGGCACUCAGCAUCUAUCAGCAAUCCAUCCUCCAUCUACUUCAAAGUGGCCGAGGGAGGAAGCUGCGCUGCUUGCUAAUAGCAUGAAAAGUGUCAGGUUCAGGGAGAAUGGGCACGCAGCUGGCUAUGAGAUGCAGAAAGAUUUCCGUGUAGCCCAUUUGCCAGUGUCUACCUCCGUUCCAAUGCAACCACCACCUGUGAAUUUUGGUACUACUGGCAUGAUCUCGAAUAAAAUAAAAGUUCCAUAUGCAACCAUUCUGUCCAAGGUUGAUACUAUUAAUUCUUCUGGAAUGUACCCUGAAAGUUUUGCUGUACAGGCAUUAGCUGGCAUGGCAAAUGGUUUUAGGAGGAGCCCUAUAAGCCGGCCUGUGAGGCAUCUUGGCCCUCCACCUGGUUUUACUUCUGCCCCACCGAAGCAGGUGACUGAAUCUUUUUCUGGUUUAGAUUUGACUACCGAGAAUCCUCUAGCAGAUGAUUAUAGCUGGUUGGAUGGCUAUCAUUUGCCGUCUUCAACCAAAACCUCAAGGUUUAGUGGUUCAACCAGUCUCUCUUCCUAUCCCACACUUCAAUAUGCCAGCAUCAAUAAUGGAUCAACAGGGGCAGACAACUUUCCAUUCCCUGCAAAGCAGCUGCCAGGAUCUUAGGUACAGUUGGAGCAGGAAAUAGGUUGGGAGAAUUUUCAGGCUUUUGAGAAUUUAAGAGCCCAGCAACAGCAGCAUCUGCAGCAACAACAACUCUUGAAUGGAAAUCAGCAAUUUACGACAACGCAUGUGCAGUUUGAUGGACACUCCAUGUGGAACGGGCGCUAUAUCGUGUGAGAUUGGUGUGAAGCAGAUAUGGGGAAGAUGAAAAGUUUGGAACUCCAGGUGGAUAUGCCUAAGGGUGGUUUUAUGGGCUUUCUUUCUUGAAGUUGCUAUGAACUGAUCUCUUUUCUUAAGAAGGUUCUAAGAAUUGGCUUUCGUGAAUCUUGCAGUAUCCUUUUGCUACCGAGUGUGCGCUCCGACUUUGCAGCUGUAUCAAAUUUCCAAUUUCAAUUUUUGUUGGAGGAUGGGUGGCCUUGGCUCCUUGCUUGGCUCUUGCCACUGGACAGGAGAAGACAAAUAUUUGCAACAUCGUCUAUGAAAUGGAACUUUCAAGAAGUAGAAGCCUUAUUUGGUUACUUGGGUUUGGAGAUAGAGUCGAGCUAAUAAGAUCAGUUUGAACGUUGGGCCUAACAUUUGGAAGGAAGAAUUGGUGAGAUAAAAACCACGUGGUUUCCCUUCUACGCCAAACUGUUGGGCUGCUCUAGGUAGUUGUCUAAGGUGCUGGAUUGUAUCAUCUUGACAACUGAAUUUGGGACAUGGCGAAUGUGAGUGGAAUCUUUGGCAUGUCGCUUUCAGAUCUCCAAAUACUGGAUGGGUGCCUAGGUAUGUCCUCAAUAUCGCAAGUUUGUCUGUGGCAUGGUGAAGAAUGGUGGAAGCCUGAUCGCAUGUUGAGGUCCGGGGAGUUAAUUAUAUGUACCAUUUCCCCCUUUGUGUAGUGGGGUUUAUAGCUCAAUGUGGAGGGGUGGCUUUUGAAUAUGCGUGUGCGGGACUGUCG